AUGGCCACUCCCAAGCGGUUUCCAACACUUGUGCAACUGCAACAGCGAGAAGGGACGCUAUUCGAGGUGCUCGGUAACCUCACCAAAAUACCCCACUGGUUCCACUACGAGUUCCUGAAGAGUCCGAAGGCAGUUCACGUCGAGGCUUGGUUGGUGGAAGCAAUCUUCGGCCCGGGCGGAGAGCACAUUCCAGACAUGGAGUGUGUGUCCCACGUCCUUCUUCACGUGAAUCGGUGGGACCCGGAAGGCGAGGCUGAAAUCUUGCUAUUUGGGCGGCCUUAUUACCAGAACGACACGGCCAAAUUGCUCAUGAACUUGGCUGACCAUCACCGCCAGCUCCGGGCGCAAGGCUCAGAGGAGGUCCCUACUGAGGAAACCAAGACUCAGCAGUUUCCGAAGGCUGUCCAGGAGGUCCGGACCCAGCGGUCUCCGGAAGCUAACGGGGAGGCUGGGACCCAGCGGUCUCCUGUCCAAGUCCGGGAAGUCGGGACCCAGCGGCCUCAGGUCGAGGUCCGGGAAGUCGGGACCCAGAGGCCUCCGGUCGAGGUCCGGGCAGUCGGGACCCAGCGGCCUCGGGUGGAGGUGCGGGAAGUCGGGACCCAGCGGCCUCUGGUCUAGGUCCGGGAGGCGGGGACCCAGCAGUCUCCGGAGGCUGCGGGCGAGGCCGGGAGACACAGGUCUCCCGAGGCUGCGUGGGACCCAGUUACCAGGUUAUAAAGGCAUCUCAGGUCCUGAGAGCCCGAUUCUCCUAGGCCCUAUUUCUGCCACAGAUGCUGGGGGGAGAAUGGUUUGGAUUGUCUUUGUUUUCCCCUUCUGUUAAA